AACAAACAUGGCUGCCCUCGUUGCCCGUGUUUUCAAGGGAAAAGCAUUUCAAACAGUUUUAAGGCGUAAUUUCUUAAUUAUUUUAAGAAAUUUAUCUUCCUCUCAGCUUUAUGUAGAAAAUUUUGGUGAUCCUUCGCUAACACUGAAGAAGAAAAUGUACGAAUUACCUUCAUCUCUUGGUCCGAAAGAAGUCAUUGUGCAAAUGAUAAUGGCACCAAUAAAUCCUUCCGAUGUAAAUAUGAUGGAGGGCACUUACUUUGUUCAGCCCCCACUUCCAGCCGUAAUGGGGAAUGAGGGAGUUGGCAAAGUUGCUAAAGUAGGAGAUGAAGUUAGAGGUCUUAAUGUUGGAGACAUAAUUAUUCCUUCUGACACAGCAUGGGGCACUUGGCAAACUUUCAAAAUAACUUCAGAGGAGGAUGUGAUAAAAUUACCAGCAGAUAUUUCACUGUUAUCGGCAGCUACGAUAUCGGUAAAUCCCUGUACAGCUUAUCGUAUGUUGAAAGACUAUGUGGAUCUGAAGCCAGGAGAUGUUAUUUUGCAAAAUGGUGCCAACAGUGGUGUUGGGGUGAGUGUGAUACAACUUGCCAGAGAAUGGAAUAUAAGAACUAUAAACAUUGUUAGAGACAGGCCAGAUUUUGAAAAGCUUAAACUUAAACAUUCAUUAACAAAACUUGGUGCUGAUAUUGUUGUUACUGAAGAAUUUGUUCGCACACCUCAAAUGAAAGAUCUGCUCAAGACUUAUACGAGCAAACCAAAGUUGGCAUUCAACUGUGUAGGAGGCCAGUCAGCAACUGAACUGAUACGUCAUUUGGGUCAAAGGGGGGUAAUGGUCACAUAUGGCGGUAUGUCAAAGCGUCCAGUAAUGGCUCCUACAGGGGCUCUUAUUUUCAAAGAAGUUGUUUUAUGUGGAUACUGGAACACAAGCUGGAACAGGCGUCAUAAAAAUGAUAUUAACCGACUAACAAUGCUAUCUGAUCUCUGCAAUCUUAUAAAAAGCUCAAAAUUUGAACCACCACCUUGUGAAUUUUACUCACUUGAUGAUUACAAAAGUGCCAUUGAAAAGGCUACAGAAGGCUUCAAGGGUGGAAAAGUUGUAUUCAAAAUGGAAUAAAAUCAUAGGUGAUAUUAAUGUAAUUUUGAUAAUUUGUGUUAGGCAUAGGACAUAAGGUUAUUUAUUCUCAUUUAUGUGUCAUCAUUUUCUAAGUAAUUAUUAAUAUUUUAUUUAUAUGUAAUUCUUUAACAAGAAGAAAAUAUGAGAGACUGUCUUCUUACUUUAUCAGCCAACCAUUAAAAUUUCUAAAAAUAUAUUUUAUAGUUUUUGGGUUUUUUGCGUGUAAUUUAUUCUUUCGUGUAGUUGAAAAAUAAUCUUCCGCCAUAAACAAUAAUAACACAUUUUACUUGAUAUUUUCUAAUCAUUUUGAUUAAAAUUGCGUUUUGAUGAAAAGAUGUGUAAUUAAUUUUAGGGCCCUACUGAAACCAUUUGUCCCUGUCCAAAUGUCCCCAUACACGGAGGCAAUGAUACAUAAACAUAAGCCAUGAAAUAUGGGAUGAUAUUGGUUCUAACACUAAUGUAAUUCUUAUCCAGAUUCACUACAUCUUAAACCACAAACUGUUGUCGGCCGAUAUUCUCUUCCCAUACUGUCGGCCGAUAAAAAAUUGCGUUGAAAAAACAAGUUCCAGUCCAAUAUUUUACGCUAAAUAAAACUACUUCCUUUUAUUCAUAAAUAAACUUUUUUUUGCUCAUCUGUGUCCUUUUUUUUAAAUUUUAGAGUUAUUUUUACAACGAUUUUUAUCAAUCAAAUUUGUGUAAGUAGAUUUUUGCAAAAUGGAUGAAGCUAUAGCUGGACCAUCUGGCUUACAAAGUAAAUCAGUUAGGAAUCUUUUUGAUCACUUUUUAGUUAAUGGCUUAAGUGAUUCGGAAGAUGAUUUUCCAAUCACACACGAAGACAAUGAUAAUUCCGAUUAUAUUUCUAGAGGUUCAGAAAGCAAAAGUUCGGACUCUGGCGAUUUAGACCUAGGCCUAGAACGAGUAGGCGUUGCCCCAACAAUAGGACUCGUUCAAAACUAUGUUGCAGAUGACUGUGCACCAACAAAAAAUAAUUGGAUGUUGUUCUAUAUAUGUUUUCUUAUAUGUCAUUUUAUGGAUUAAAUAUUUAUAUUGCAGCUUUCUAAUUUUAUCUGUUUCUUGCUAUUUAGUAAUGUUUAUGUCAUGCUUUGUUACUGGAAGUAAUUAUAGGUGUCAGAAGAAUUUUAAAAAAAUAAAUCUAUCAAAUAAAACAUAUAAAAAUAAUACAUUUUCUGAAAGAUAAAUAAAAAUGCAAUCAUAGUAUAUAAACAUUAUAAAUAUGCCUUUAAAAAUUGUAGUUUGAGGUACUGGAUACCGGGUACUGGAAAAGAAAAUUUUUCCUGAUUUUCUUUAUUCUUGGCCACUCCAAGGUCAAGGUCACAGAGUAUAAAUAUCAUUGAAAAAUAGUCAAUAUGACUCCCCACUCAGUCUAAUUUCAAUAAAUAUAUACUUUAUGGGGUCUGGUCAAGCGAUAGUUUUUGCAUGUGAAAAAAUCACAUUUUUCAAACGCACCCAAAAAGCUCUAAAUUGCCUGCACAGUACAGAAUAAUUAAUACAAUGGACAGUUUGUGGGUUAAGAAGAUGCAAUUAAACUAAGAAGUGAAAAAGUAGACAUAAAAUAUUGCAGUGGGUGAGUGGCUACUAUGAUGGAUCAUCACACAAUGGUUUUCUGUUCCUAGAACUAGAAAAAGAAGGGAAAAAUGUAACUCAGUACUUUAUGCAAGCAUCCUUGGGUAAGUGUCCCUAAAUAAAAGAAUAAAUCCAGUGAUAUUGAUAUAUAUUUUUCAUUACAUAUACAAUAAUGUUAAAAUUUGUAUUUGCUAUCACUUUUUUUUCUGACAAAAAAAACUGUGUGUGGAAGUUUGCUAACACUACUAACAGAAUGUGCUAGUGAAUUUCAAACUUAAUACUGACCAGUGUUUGGCCUAUAACAAAAUUUGCUCUACAAGGCCAAUUAAGGAGGUUUUUGAGUGACUUGGUCCAAAAUUAAGCCUUGUUAACCUACAAAAGGAACUUGACUUUGUAUCUAUCUUUGGGGACUAUCAAUCACAAAUAUUCUUGAAUAAGACCUGAAAGAGUCAUAAAUAUUUUACUGAGGUAAUAAUCUCGAGAGAUAUUUAUUGUUUUUUUUUUAAAGAAAAUAUGUUUUAAAAUGUAUUUCAUUGUAUGCAGUAUAGACAAUUAUUUUUCUGAUACUCUUGACUUGAUUAGCUGAUAUUUUUCAGGAUGCUUAAAGUGACCAUUCAAACUGUUUUUACCAGUUUUGGUUUUUAGACAUUUUUUCUGGUUAAUCAUGAUUUGUAACCCAUAGUCUAUAGUGCUGAACAAAAUAAUUUUUAUUUUUUUUUCUUUAACCAAAGAGCAUGUACAUCUAGGCAUAAAUAAAUAAAUGAAGUAAAAAAAAACAUAUAUAAUUCAUCCAAAUUAGAAUAAUUUUAAAAAAAACAAAGGAAUUCUGCCU